AACUCCUUUGUCUCCUCACUGUAACUCUUGUGUCUAGUCAUCUGCUGUUGUCUGCAGCUUCGAUCGAAAGGGAAAAAAAUGGGAGUCUUCACUUUCGUCUGCAGAAGUUCCGGUGAUGAAUGGAAUGCAAAGCAGCUCAACGGUGAUCUUGAAGCUUCGUCUUCAUCGACGUAUGAUUUGCAGAGAAAGCUUGUUCAAGCAGCUCUGUCCUGUGAUUCUUCUGGAGGAGUUCAGUCAUCUUUCUCGAUUGUCACACCAUCUUCGGCCGUUUUUCAGGUGAUAAUUGGAGGUGGAGGUGGUGGUGGUUUCAUUGGAGGUGGGGCUGCUGCUGCCCCAGCAAGUUCUGGAGGUGGUGCUGCAGCUGCUGAAGCACCUCCGGCUGAAGAGAAGAAGGAAGAGAAAGAGGAGAGCGAUGAUGAUAUGGGAUUCUCACUCUUCGAUUAGUAGCUUUGUGUUUGUUUUAGUUAAUCUCAUGAAACAAGAAGAUUUAUGCAGUAGCCUGUGUUUUUUGUUUCGUUUUGAAGGAUGCAAUUUUGUUUGAAUUGAGUUAAAAAAAUGUUGCCAUUAUGACCUGUUGGUAGUUCUAUUAUUAAUCUGGC